GUCUGCGCCGCGAGGAAGAGCCCCUGCUGAUUUCCGUGCGGGCUGUGUCGAGAUGGUGAAGCUGUUCAUUGGAAACCUGCCCCGGGAGGCCACAGAGCAGGAGAUCCGCUCACUCUUUGAGCAGUAUGGGAAGGUGCUGGAAUGUGACAUCAUUAAGAACUACGGCUUUGUGCACAUAGAGGACAAGACGGCGGCUGAGGAUGCCAUACGCAACCUGCACCACUACAAGCUGCAUGGGGUGAACAUCAACGUGGAAGCCAGCAAGAAUAAGAGCAAAACCUCCACAAAGUUGCAUGUGGGCAAUAUCAGCCCCACCUGUACCAACAAAGAGCUUCGGGCCAAGUUUGAGGAGUAUGGUCCAGUCAUCGAAUGUGACAUCGUGAAAGAUUAUGCCUUCAUACACAUGGAGCGGGCAGAGGAUGCAGUGGAGGCCAUCAGGGGCCUUGACAACACAGAGUUUCAAGUGCUGUAUAUUGGCCUUGGUUUUCAGCUCACCUUAUCCACACAGUAUUAUGCCUAGCUGUGGCUUUCACUG